CUUCUCAGCCCUCAAACAGACAGACAGACAGCUGGCAGGAGGCAGCCUGGGGGGACACAGCCACUCCAAUGGUCACCAUGGCUGAGUGAACCUGCUCUGGGCCCUUACCUUGGCCCCCCGGGCCCCAGCCCAGCAUGGUCCAGGCCUGUAGGGAGUGUUCCCGAGCUCAUCAGACAGCUCUGCCACAGGGGGCAACCAUGGCCCAGGCCCCUGCCCCCAGCUCUACAGCCAAGAAACACAUCAGACUGCAGGAGAGGAGAGGCUCCAACGUGGCUCUGAUCUUGGAUGUGAGCUCUCUGGGGGCAGUGGAGCCCAUCUGCUCAGUGUCUACACCCCGAGAGCUCACUCUCCACUUCUUAAGGACUGCUAGGCACCCCCUCACCCGCUGGGCCCUGCAGCACCAGCCACCCAGCCCCAAGCAACUGGAGGAAGAGUUCUCGAAGAUUCCCCCAAACUUUGUCAAUCCUGAAGAACUGGACAUUCCUGGCCAUGCCUCUAAGGACCGAUACAAGACCAUCUUGCCAAAUCCCCAAAGCCGUGUCUGUCUUGGGCGGGCACAGAGCCAAGAGGAUGGAGAUUACAUUAAUGCCAACUAUAUCCGAGGCUAUGAUGGUCGUGAGAAAGUUUACAUUGCAACCCAAGGCCCCAUGCGUAACACUGUGUCCGACUUCUGGGAAAUGGUUUGGCAAGAGGAGGUACCCCUCAUCAUCAUGCUCACCCAGCUUCAAGAGGGCAAAGAGAAAUGUGUUCACUAUUGGCCUACAGAGGAGGAAACCUAUGGGCCAUUCCAGAUACGAGUCCAGGAUGUGAACGAACGCCCAGAAUAUAUCGUCCGGCACCUUACCAUUCAGUACCAGGAGGAGUGCCGUCCAGUAAAACAUGUCCUCUUCUCUGCCUGGCCUGAUCACCAGACCCCAGAGUCAUCUGGGCCCCUCUUACACUUGGUGGAUGAGAUAGAGGAGACCCCAGACACAGCAGCCAACUCUGGGCCGAUUGUGGUCCAUUGCAGUGCUGGGAUUGGCCGGACUGGCUGCUUCAUUGCCACACGGAUUGGCUGCCAACAACUGAAGGCUCGGGGGGAAGUAGACAUCCUGGGCAUCGUAUGCCAGCUUCGGCUGGACAGAGGGGGUAUGAUCCAGACCAGUGAGCAAUACCAGUUCCUGCACCACACCCUGGCCCAGUAUGCUGCCCAGCUGCCAGAGACACCAAAUCCAUGACCUUCUGGGACCUGAUAGAAGAGGUGACAUAGGUCAUAUAGUACCCAGACUGAACCCAGCCAGAGAGGAGGAACUUUCUCCUUAAAGGUCUAGAACUUUGUACUCUACCUCCGUCACACCUAUGUCCCCAGGGUCUUUGACCCUAGAAGUGGCAUUGCUUCUCGGAUGACCCAAGUUUUCCUUCUCCUUUCAUGUCCCUGGGAAUGACCUGGUAUCCCAGAUCACUAACUCACUGACUGGCAGCUGGAGGAAUGGGGGAGUUGUGGGUGUCAGAAGGAGGCGUUUUGUGACCUAGAAGCCCAAUCCUUGGAUCAGAAUGAAGAGGUGAUCCUCCUCCUGCAACCAGAGAAAGCUGAGAUGGAAAGGAUAAGACCAGAAAUACCAGGGCUUUUAUCUUACCUUCUUCUCUUGCCCUCAGUUUCCUAAAAUGGACAGCAAGGACCUAUGUUUGUGUGCCUAUUUCUCAAGCCCAUAGCCUGCUUCAAGCUCAAUGAUUUGAGUUGUCAACUGCAGCAAGCCUGAAGGAAAAAAUCCAGGUGGUCCCACAUCCUCUGGCAUGCUACUUAUAUGCCCAAGUCUUCUCUUCUAUGACACGGAGGCAAUGCUUCUAGGGACCUCUAACCAUAGACCUUGCAUCUGGAGAUCCUAAGGACAAAAGGAGCUUGGGGGAAUUCCUGGCAACUAUUUUUGCCUCAUUCCCCUUCCUGGGCACUGGAAAAUAAUCCUCAAUCAUCCCUCCAUCCACUCCUUUUGGGAAGCUUUGUAACACAAAGGAGUACUAUACAAAACCACCCAUGCAGCACUCAGCACAUAGAAUGCCAAUCAGCCCUGAGAUGGCUAGUGAUGUUAAGCUCUUUAGGUCAGAUCCUGAUAAAGCUUUCCGAAAUCCUAGAGAUGCUUCCCUCCUCUCUCCAUCAACCAAUCUGUGUGCACUGGAGAUUCCCUGUGAAGGCAAAAGAGGCCAGUUCUCUCCCUGCAUCCCCAUCUUGGGUCUUGGGACCACAAUGCCCAAGCCAUGUGGCAUCCAGUCUGAAACCAUCCUGGGGGUGAAGGGGAGAUAAGGAAGAGAAAGGAAGGAGGAAAGUGAAGAUAAGUUCCUCUUGAAAUGUCUGGAGAAGUAUCUUCUCCCUCUCUGAUACCAUCCAUAGCUGUCAUUCACCAGGUAAAUUUCUUGAGGGUAAUCCCACCAACAAACUGUAAGCCCCAAAAGAUCCACUCCAAUAAAGCAAUAAAGCAUUUAUUAAGUGCCUCUUAUGUGGCACUGAGGAUACCAGUAUGUUGGAUGAAACACUCCCAACUCCCUGGAGCUUAAUUUUAAUAAAGGAGACAAGCACAUAUAUAAAUAUAUAUAGCAUAAAUAUAAAAGUGAAUAAACAUAAAUAUAUGCAAAUUA